AUGCAAUCAUCAGAGCUCAGAGCACUACACAACUCAAGGAAUCACGAGGAGAUAUACAGCAGAAUCAGGCAAGAGAUGAAAAAACUGGAUUUCAGGCAGAAGCUUUCAACCGAUGAUCUUGACGGAUUGAAGCUGUGCAUUGAAGAUGAGAUAAAGAAAUGCGUAUAUGCGCAUAAAAGCAUACCAAAACCUGUUGUUAGCAUAACACUAUUGUUGGGCAAUGAAUUUGAGUCAAAGGUAAAAGCAUCAAUGGCUUCUCACAUGACUAUUCUGUGCUCGGUAGAUUAUCAGGAUGUCCUGAAACGCAGCUUUCACAAGUUGUCAUCGCUUGGCAUAUGCUUGAUGUGGGUUGAAGAAAGCUUGGCAAAGGUAAUGUUGAGAUACGCUCUUGUAAGCGACUGGAACCUGGCAUUAGAAGUACUACUUAGAUACUAUGUCAUGACAAAGCAUAAAGUAUGCGACUACUUCUUUCACAAUGAUGUUGAAGAGGAAGACUUUGUACAGGCAUUCGAAAUAGUACUUAGGUAUGAAAAAAGGUUUGCAAAGCUGGUUGAUGUUAGCAAAUGCAGUUUAUGCAUGUGUAGGUAUCAGAGUAGUUCUGAAGAAGUCUUCACACAAGAUCUGGUUUCUACAAUUAAUCAUUCAUGCAUCCAUAUGAGAAUGCUAUCGUCACAAUUUAUCCCAAAUAUUACAAUUUAUCUAAAGGUAUCGUUUAAUGAACUGAUCAGUGGUGAGUUUGAGCAGGACAAUGUCAAAUUAUGUGUUGUUUCUACUGUCCUUGAUUUCUUUCAUGGAGUAGAGAAGAUCUUGAAAAAGAUUGAGUAUCUUGAUGAUUUGUCAGCAUACAAAUGCUUGGUUAGAUACUUUGAUAGAUACCUUGCAAUACUGAUAAGCAAGAUCAGUCUUGGAAAUACCAUAUAUAAGUCUAUUGUUGUAUUGAACACACUUUUAUUUGCACGAGAAACAAUGUCAGACUUCAUGACCAGGAUUUUUGGACAAGCAGGAAUCCUGGAUGAUACUCCAAAUGCAUCUGAAGAAAUAAGGAAAAUGGAAGCUUUCCACAGCAGCAUCUUAGACAUUCAACUCUCGGUCUGCUUUGCAAAGAUCAACUUUGAAUCGCCCAAUGGCUUGGCAAAAGAAAUUAUCAGGCUCAUAGAUGCAGAAAUCAUAAGUGAUGCCACAAAAGGUAUUGGAGAAGAAACCACAAUGGUGCUGCUCGAAUCCAUGGUUUCACAGAUGCUCUCAAGAGUAUACUCGAUUAGAAUCACUCCAGAUACAUCUGAAGCUCUUCUUCUUGAGGUGGCUGAAGUUAAAAAGCAUCUCAAGCCAAAGGUAAGUGUCAUUCCAAUGAUAGAUGUCUUGGAAAAGUACCUGAAGGUCUUCCUCUGUUCAUACGAUAACGAGGACUGCUUUGUGAAUAACUUCAUAUUCAUGUCAGAAGACAUUUUUUCCUUUGAGCAAAUCAUCAGUUGUGUGCAAUGCAAGGAAAAAAGAAGAAGCCUUUGGUCUGCAUAUCAAAGGCAUACUUCUACCUCAGUAUCAAGCAUUCCAAAAAGCUCAGAUCUUACUUCCUUACAUACCUAA